UCGCCCCCCGCCAGGCGCAGCCCCCGGCGUCAUGUGGUCCGUGCUCUGGGCGGCCGUGCGCUCCAAGGCCCCGUACGUCACCUUCCCGGUGGCCUUCGUGGUGGGGCUGGUGGGCUACCACCUGGAGUGGUUCCUCCGCGGCGACCCCCCGCCCACGGCCGAGGAGGAGAAGAGCAUCUCGGAGCAGCGGGAGGACCGCAAGCUGCAGGAGAUCGCCGGCAAGGACCUGACCAAGGUGGUGAGCCUGAAGGACAAGCUGGAGUUCGCCCCUCGGGCCGUGCUGAACAGGAACCGCCCGGAAAAGAGUUAAUAAAGUUCUCUGGGCAAACGCCGUGCCCUGGAGCGACUGUCCCCGGCGCUGGGGCCCGCUGCACCAUGCUGGGGACUCCCCUGUCACCUGCACAUCUUCCACCAGCCUCCCUCCUGCACCAGCCCGUACCUGGGCAGUAUGCAGUGCCCACUGCUGCUCUGCACCCUCCUGGGGCCCUCCGGAGGGUCAGGAUUUGCCCACCCCACAGAUGUGCUCAAGACGCAGCACCCAGACCUCCUUUGUGGCAGAGCGGGCAGGGAGCCACGCUUUGGAGGUGGAGCGUGUCUGAAACUCAUCAGCUUUUGGUCUGUCCUGGCCCCUGAACCACGAAACCCUCUCAGCCUGAUUCCGCCCACAUCUCUUUAGCUUUGGUUUCUUCCAUGGCGUCAAGACAGAAGAAACUUGGACCUGCGUCACAUGGGGUCAGGGUCAGGCUAACCACCUGCAGCAGGGGGACCUGCCAUCCUGCUUACUGCUCUCCUGUGGCUCUUCGUGAACCGCAGCCACAGCACCAUGCUACCGCGUUACACCCACGGGAGCCUGAGCAGCGGUGGAGAUCCCUGGGGAACCCCUCUCUGCAUCAUCCCCAGGCUUUGCAGUGAGGAAGGGGGAUGGGGGGAGGUGGAAGCCCUGGCCCUGCUUCCGUCAUGGAGCUCCGAGCGUGGCAGUGGCUUUGGGCUGGUGUGUAGAGAACGGGGAGAUCUCUGCCCUGUACGGGAACAGCCAGAAUAAACUUCUGUCAGUC